AUUUCUACUAGUAAUUCUUCGACACUACUAAUAAUUAACUAGUCUUUCUUCCUGCUCUUCCUUAUUUCCUCUUUCUAAAAAAUCACAAAAUCCUACUUCUUCCCCAACAAUGAACCACUUCCAAACCCAUUAAACAAACCAAAAGAAAAAUUAAAAAAAUUUUAGAAUGAAAUUCACCAUUUUCCAUUCAUUUACCAUUUUAAUUAUUAUUAUUUAUGUAAUCAUUUUUCCAAUCUUUUUCCUCUGUUUUUCCCCUGUUUUUGCAGCAUUUUCUGAUACUCUAUCUUCUUCACAAUCUCUCACCAUUAACCAAACAAUAAUCUCUGCAAGUGGGAAAUUCGAAUUGGGUUUUUUCUCCAAAGGGAAUCCCAGAAAAUAUUAUUUAGGACUUUGGUAUAAAGAUAUUCCUGCAGAAAGAAUAUAUGUCUGGGUUGCUAAUAGAAAUUCACCUUCAUGGAGUGAUUCCUGUAUCUUCAAGCUUGGUAACCAAUCAAAUCUCGUGAUUCUUGAAAAUGGGUCCCACAUUAGAUGGAUUUCUGAUAAAUCCCCGGGUCGAAAUCCGGUUAUACAGCUGUUGGAUUCAGGGAAUUUGGUUAUCCGAGAAGAAGAUGAUCAAAACCCAGAUAAUUACCUUUGGCAGAGUUUUAACCACCCUACUGAUACCCUCAUUCCGGGUCAAAAACUCGGGUGGAAUCUCAAAACGGGUCUGAACCGGGUCUUAACCUCAUGGAUUAGUCCGGAUGAUCCGGGGUCGGGUAAUUAUACUUUUAACAUGGAUUAUAAUGGAGACCCGGAGGUAUAUAUGAGAAACGGAGAUCAAAUUAUUUAUCGGAGCGGGCCAUGGGUCGGGCAACGGUUUAGUGGAGUACCCGAAAUGGGAACGGGUAAUAAUGGGUUUCGGUUUAUUUUUAACCGCAGUAAAGAAGAAGUUUACUAUACAUUUGAAUUACCCAUAAAUGAUCAAAAGGUAAAAUCAAGAUUAAUGGUAAGUUUUGAUGGGUAUCUUCAAAGAUGGACAUGGGUCCCAUCAUCAAGUAAAUGGAUAUUGUUUUGGUAUGCAAGAGCAGAUGAUUGUGAUUCUUAUAGGGUAUGUGGGUCCUACUCAAUUUGUAACAUUAGUUCAUUUUUUGAUUGUCAAUGUCCACAAGGGUUUAAACCAAAGGAUUCAAUUGCAUGGAAUUUGAGAGAUGGUUCAAGGGGUUGUGUUAGGAAGACAAAAUUGGAUUGUGGGAGUGAUGGGUUUUUGAAAUUGGUUAAUAUGAAAUUGCCUGAAAGUAAUACUGCAUUUGUUGAUGAUGAUUUGGAUCUUGAUCAAUGUAGGGAUUUGUGUAAGAAGAAUUGUAGUUGUACUGCUUUUGCUAAUUUGGAAGUUGUUCAAGGGGUUGGUAAUGGGUGUGUGAUUUGGGCCGAUAAUUUGAAUGAUAUGCGAGAUUAUGUUCAAGGUGGACAAGAUUUGUAUCUUCGAUUGGCUGAGUCUGAUUUAGGGGUUUCAAGCUCUGGAAAUGGUUCAGAUAACUCAAAGAAAAUUGUUAUGGGGAUCGGCAUUGGUAUUGCUUCUGUGGUAAUUCUAGCGGGUUUCGUUGCAUUGUUCAUAUUGAAGCGCAAAAGAAAAAAAGAUCAAACUUUACUUGGAAGAUCAAUGGACACAAGAGCUUCAAGGGCAGGUGUUACCGAAAAGAGCCAAGAAAUUCUUUUAACCGGGCAAAUGAUCUCUAGCAAGAGGGACUACUCAGGAGAAACUAAAAACUUAGAUGAUGUUGAGUUGCCAUUUUUUGACCUACAUACCAUAGCUAUUGCUACCAACAAUUUCGACGCUGCGUACAAACUUGGGCAGGGUGGUUUUGGACGAGUUUAUAAGGGUGUGCUAUCAGACGGACAAGAAAUUGCGGUCAAGAGACUAUCUAAGGAAUCAGGACAAGGAGUAGAAGAGUUCAAGAAUGAGGUCAAAUUGAUUGCAAAGCUCCAACAUCGCAACCUUGUUCGAUUGCUUGGUUGUUGUGUGGAGAUUGAUGAGAAGAUGCUCAUCUACGAGUACCUCAGAAAUCGUAGCUUGGAUGCAUAUUUGUUCCAUAAAGAAAGAUGUGUCGUGCUAAGCUGGGAAAUACGGUUUAACAUAAUUUGUGGAAUCGCUAGGGGGCUUUUGUACCUUCAUCAAGAUUCGCGGUAUAGAAUUGUUCAUAGAGACUUAAAAGCAAGCAACAUUUUACUUGACGGAGAUAUGAAUCCCAAAAUAUCAGAUUUUGGUAUGGCGAGGAUUUUUGGAAGUGAUCAAACCGAAGGAAACACAAGGAGAGUUGUUGGAACCUAUGGUUACAUGGCGCCUGAGUACGCAAUGGAUGGGCUUUUCUCCAUAAAAUCGGAUGUGUUUAGCUUCGGUGUACUAGUACUAGAAAUACUUAGCAGCACAAAGAACAGAGGAUUCUACAAUUCAGAUCAUGAGCUAAACCUACUUGGAUAUUCAUGGAAGCUAUGGAAAGAAGGAAAAGGGACGGAAAUGCUAGAUAAGUCGAUAGGGGAGUUGUACUCGAUACAUGAAGUGCUAAGGUGCCUACAAGUCGGUCUCCUAUGCGUGCAAGAGAGGGCAGACGACAGGCCAACCAUGGCAUCUGUGGUGCUAAUGUUAAGUAGUGAAUCUGCAUGUUUACCUCAGCCUAAACUCCCAGGUUUUUGCAUGGGAUGGAACCCUAAUGAAACAGAUUCAUCUUCUAGUAAACAAGAUGAAUCAUUUACUGUAAAUCAAGUUACAGUCACAACUUUAAAUGCAAGGUAGAAGUGUUAAUUAUAGCAUAAGUUAAGGUACCAUAGGUCAUAUAUAUGAAUUUUUUUGGUCUAUUGUUGUCAACUUUGCACUAUUUCUUGGUGUUCUUUUGUGAGAUGAGCAAGGUUGGAUUGCUGAAAGAUGUAAAGAGACAGAUAGGAGCAAUAAUCAAGUUGAUUCUUACAAUUA